AUGGAGCGAAAGAGACGCAAAGUCCGCCAUUUUUCGACAUUGAAUUCUGGAUUUGCGAAAAGUGACAGAUUUUUGUGAAAAAGUGAUCUACAAUUUAUUAAUUUUCCUCUUUUCCUGCGUGUACAGAUCUUUUUUUGGUUGAUUAAUUGAGUUUCUCAUCAAUCCUAGGAUCACACACAUUUGGAUUUUUGUUUGAGACAACUGAACCUGACAAAUUAUUGUAUGAGUCAGAAAACAGAGAGACCAGUUCUAUCAGGUCAACGAAUUAAGACCAGAAAGAGAGAUGAAAGAGAGAAGUAUGACCCCACGGGCUUCCGUGACGCGGUCAUUGCUGGACUUGAAAAAACUGGUGGGGAUUUAGAGCAAAUCUCCAAGUAUCUCCACAACGCUGGUAAUAAAUUGGAUUAUCGUCGCUACGGAGAAGUGCUCUUUGACAUCCUCAUUGCUGGUGGUCUUCUUGUUCCCGGAGGAUCAAUUUCUCAAGAUGGCGAGAACCCGUGCACGCAGUGCUGUAUCUUCAACUCUCCUGAAGAUAUGGAGGCCCUCCGCAAUCAGGAGCAGGUCUUCAUCAAUCUCAUGCGUCGACAUAAGUACUUGGAAAAAAUGUUUGAAGAAGAAAUGAGGAAAGUUCUCGUCUUCAUAAAAGGUUUCACACCAAGCGAACGAGUUAAAUUGGCUCGUAUGACCGCAUUAUGGAUUGGAAAUGGAUCUGUUCCACCAGCUGUUCUCUUGGUUCUCAUCAACGAGCACUUGGUGAAGGAUGGCAUCGCCCUGGACUUCCUGAUUGAGGUGUUUGUGACGUUCAAGCAGGAGAAGGGGAUGUCGUCACUGACGCAGGCACUAAAGAAGGGCAACAUUGAGAAGCGCCUGAUGGAGUUCUUCCCGCUGAACAAGCGCUCCGAGGACUACUUCAAGUCGGUGUUCAUCGGCAAGGAUCUCACGGACAUUGUGAAGUUGCACGAGCAGCGCGCCAGCCAGGAGGCGAAGCGCGAGCUGCAGCAGCUGCUGAACGAUGCCAUCAAUGACAACAAGUCGCCGGCGGAGAUCAUUGAGGAUGUGAAGGAGGCGGCGCUGAAGUCGAACAUCUCGGAGCACGAGGUGAUCGGGCUGAUCUGGACGACGGUGAUGUCGCUGGCGGAGUGGAACAAGAAGGAGGAGCUGGUGGCCGAUCAGGCGCUGAAGCAUCUCAAGCACCACACGCAGCUGCUGCAGGCCUUCACCACCACAGACCGUGCGGAGUUGGCGCUCAUCCUGAAGGUGCAGGAGUUCUGCUAUGACAACAUGAACUUCAUGAAGGUCUUCUCGAAGAUCAUCCUGCUCUUCUACAAGGCCGAAGUCGUGUCCGAGCACUCCAUCUUCAAGUGGUACAAGGAGGCGCACUCGCCCAAGGGCAAGAUGCACUUCCUCGAGCAGAUGAAGAAGUUCAUCGAGUGGCUCCAGAACGCCGAAGAGGAGUCAGAAUCCGAGGAUCAGGACGGUAAAGUCGGAGAGUAAAAGCUACUUUGACGUGGUGACUUUUGAUAUGAAAAAAAGAUGCUGAAGAGAAUUGUAGAUGUGAAGAAUUAUAUAUCCAAUUUCCAUGGUGGCGAGGUUUACUAAUUAAAAAGAGGAAAAGAGAAAAUUACACAUAAUAAUGAUGAUAGUAAGAGAGAGAGAAUCAAGAGGAGAAAAUUUUUAAAAUGAUAUACAUAAAAUAGUAAGAAAUCUUAAGUAACGGAAUUCAUAUAAAAUAUACUCUUAAAAGCGUUUUCUUUCUUGUUUUACAAAAAAAAGUGAAAAAGGAUUUUAAUUAAUGGAGAAUGACUAUAAAAGGGGGAAUUCCUAUACAAUUUACACACGAUGAAUAGUCUCUAGAAAGUUUAUUUAUACAGAAUAUAUAAAUGUAAUGAAAUCAAGAUAUAGAAAAGUUCAGAGAUUGAGAAUGCUUCAAGGAAUGGAACUUAAUUUUUUGUACCCUAUUUUGAGCCCCUGAGUUUGAAUGAGAAAGAAAGGAAAAAGAUACAAAAUAUUAAUCUGUUAUGCGGAGAGUAAAACGAAGAAAAAAUUGAGAAUUGUAAAAAAUACCUACAUAAAAGUGGAGAAGUUAAAAUAUGCAAGUAAUUUAUCAAUUUUUGUGGAAGUAAUUUAACAAAUUUUGUAAUGACACAUUUAACAAUUUUAUCCAAGAGAAAUGAAAAAAAUAUAUCUACGAAUCACA